UUUGUUUUGUUUUACUAAUAAAAGUUUGAUUCUUUCCCAGAUUACUCUACAGUGCAUCUAAACCAGCUGUUGGAGAAGGCAGAGGUCAUUGCUGGGCGGAUGCUGCGCUUCUCUGUCUUCUACAGGAACCAGCAUAAAGAGUACUUCGAUCAUGCUAGGGAGGAGCAGGAGAACCGGAUGCUGCCAUCAGUGAAAGAUAACAGUGGCAGUCACGGCUCACCCAUCAGCGGCAAGCUGGAGGGAAUCUUCUUCAGCUGCAACACAGAGUUCAACACUGGAAAGCCUCCGCAGGACUCGCCCUAUGGUCGCCUUCGUUUUGAGGUCCAGGCAGACGCGCUCUUCAACCCCGACACCAAUCUCUACUUUGGAGACUUCUACUGCAUGUACACAGCCUACCACUACGUCAUCCUUGUUCUGGCUCCGAAGGGCUCCACGGGCGACGACUUCUGCAAGCAGAGGCUUCCUGCCCUCGACAUCGGAAACAACCGCUUCCUGACCUGCAAGCAGAAUGAAGAUGGCAGUCUGGUGUUUCACCACGCCCAGGAUGUCAUCUUGGAGGUGAUCUACACUGAGCCUGUGGACCUGGCUCUGGGCACGGUGGAGGAGAUCAGCGGGCACCAGCUGAUGAGUCUCUCCACAGUUAACGCCAAGAAAGACCCCAGCUGCAAGACCUGCAACAUAAGCGUGGGACGCUAAAAGAGGGGGUGAAUGUCCCAAAGGGGCGAGAAGACUUAAUUUAACUGACCCCAUCCACAAAAACAAAGGAAGGCCAUGUGAAUAUAAACACAUGCAUGAAGCAGCAGAUUUAAAAGGCCCAUUACUCUCCUCCAUAUCUGAAACCCUCAUUUCUCAAAGAUUAAAAGACAAAAAAGGGAAAGUUGAAACUCUUAAUCAUUAUCAUCUAAAUAAGGGUAAAAAAAAAUUAGAUCCUUCUAACAGUCAGCUGAUAUAUACAUCCUGACCAAACCCUUUAACUACAUUUAAAAAUGCUUCUUUUAAACUUUCUGCUUCUUUUAUCCACCUUAAAUGACCAAUCUUAGCCUCGGUGUUAAUGAUGCACUGUUUACUAGCAAUUUAGACUCUAAAUUGACUGUAUUUUCUGAUUAAUAUAGCAUUACAUCUGAAUCAUGAAGCUGAUUCAGACCUUUAUUAACCUCCUACUAGUGGCAUGGACCGGUACUACAGCUUUCUAGGGCUCCAAAACUCAUCAUCAGUUCAUUUAAAUUUCUUUCAUACCAAAGGAAUUAAAAACCAGACAUUAAAUCGCUGUGGGAUUUGAACCGUACUAAUGCAACAGUCUCUGAGUGUGUCUUUGGUGACCAACUGUGAGCAAUUUGUUAACUUUGAAGAAAAAAAAAAAAAGAAAAAGCAUGAUGCAAUUUUGUGCAGCAUGAGUGUUAAAGCUGCCAGCACCUUUAUCAUAGAAACUUUCUCCGCAACAUUCGCCCUUAUUUCAUCAUCAGUGAAAAAAAAGUAGAGCCAUGAAAUGUGUUUUUUGCAGAGGAAAUGUGAAAAAAUAUUUAUUUUUUAUCAAUGCACUCAUAUACAUUUAUAUAUAUAUAAUUAUAUUCAUAUAUAUAUAGAUAGAUGGAUAUAGAUACAUAGAAAAAUAUAUAAACCAGAAGUGCACAAUUUCAGAAGCCCAUAUCCUUGUUAAA